GGUCAGAGCAGUACAAUCUGGCUCCAAGCUCUGACCACUGGGCUCUCAUGAGCAGAUCCUGAAGUGUGUCCUCUAACAUGGAAAUUUCUACUGAAACAAGGGACUGUGCCUAAAGACAUACCACAAAAGAGAUGGAAACGCAAAGAGAGAUCAGAAUAUCUGGGUUCAAAUCCCACUGCCAUCACUUACAAGGUGCUGUCGUCCAAAACAAGCACAAACUUCAUCGCUGACUCUUUCCCCUCUUCUGAAGUGGAGGUUCCAAUGGGAUCUAACACCCAGGAUGGAGAGGUUCCGGCUAGACAGAGCAGCCUCCACCCUUCAGGAUGACCUCGCCUUCCAGCCCCCCUGCUUUCAGGCUGGAGACAUUUGAUGGAGGCCAAGAGGAUGUGGACAGAGGAAAGCUGGGCAGCGGGGAUGUGCCGCCCCCCAUGGAGUCACAGUUCCAGGCUGAGGACAAGAAGUUCUCCCCUCAGAUCAAAGUGAACCUCAACUACCGAAAGAAAGCAGGUGCCAGCCAGCCGGACCCAAACCGCUUUGACCGCGACCGGCUCUUCAGUGUGGUUGCCCGGGGUGUGCCCAAGGAUCUGGCUGGGCUGCCAGAGUACCUGCGCCGUACCAGCAAGUACCUCACCGACUCAGAAUACACAGAGGGCUCCACAGGGAAGACAUGCCUGAUGAAGGCCCUGCUGAACCUUCAGGAUGGAGCCAACGCCUGCAUCCUGCCGCUGCUGCAGAUCGACCGGGACUCUGGCAACCCCAGGCCCCUGGUCAAUGCCCAGUGCACAGAUGAGUACUACCAAGGCCACAGUGCCCUGCACAUCGCCAUCGAGAAGAGGAGCCUGCAGUGUGUGAAGCUUCUGGUGGAGAAUGGCGCGGACGUGCAUGCCCGGGCCUGUGGCCACUUCUUCCAGAAGAAAAGCCAAGGGACUUGUUUUUAUUUUGGUGAGCUGCCCCUCUCUCUGGCGGCAUGCACCAAGCAGUGGGAUGUGGUGAACUACCUCCUGGAGAACCCACACCAGCCUGCCAGCCUGCAGGCUGCCGACUCACUGGGCAACACAGUCCUGCACGCGUUGGUGAUGAUUGCAGACAACUCAGCUGAGAAUAGUGCGCUGGUGAUCUCCAUGUACGAUGGGCUCCUCCAAGCUGGGGCCCGUCUCUGCCCCACGGUACAGCUUGAGAACAUCCCCAAUCUGCAGGGCCUCACGCCCCUGAAGCUGGCUGCCAAGGAGGGCAAAAUGGAGAUUUUCAGACACAUCCUGCAGCGAGAGUUCCCAGGACCAUGCCAGUCCCUUUCCCGAAAGUUCACUGAGUGGUGCUACGGGCCUGUCCGGGUGUCACUAUAUGACCUGGCCUCUGUGGACAGCUGGGAGGAGAACUCCGUGCUGGAGAUCAUCGCCUUUCAUUGCAGAAGCCCGCACCGACACCGAAUGGUGGUUUUGGAGCCGCUGAACAAACUGCUGCAGGCGAAAUGGGACCUGCUCAUCCCCAGGUUCUUCUUCAACUUCCUGUGUUACUUAAUCUACAUGUUCGCCUUCACUGCUGUUGUCUACCACCAGCCUGCCCUGGAAAAGGCCUCCCUCCCCAUGAAAGUGACAGCUGGAAACUCCAUGCUGCUGCUGGGCCACAUCCUGCUCCUGCUCGGGGGACUCUACCUCCUCCUAGGCCAGCUGUGGUACUUCUGGAGGCGCCGUCUGUUCAUCUGGAUCUCCUUCGUGGACAGCUACUUUGAAAUCCUCUUCCUGGUCCAGGCCCUGCUCACAGUGCUGUCUCAGGUGCUGUGCUUCCUGGCCAUUGAAUGGUACCUGCCUCUGCUUGUGUCCUCACUGGUACUAGGCUGGCUGAACCUGCUCUACUACACACGAGGCUUCCAGCACACAGGCAUCUACAGCGUCAUGAUCCAGAAGGUUAUUCUGCGGGACCUGCUCCGCUUCCUUCUGGUCUACUUAAUCUUCCUUUUCGGCUUUGCUGUAGCCUUGGUGAGCCUGAGCCGAGAGGCCCGGGACCCCGGGGCCCCCAAAAGUUCGAAUGCCACAGAAGCAGUGUGGUCUGGGGCAGGACAGGAGGACAAGGAGGGCAGCUCGGAGCCAUACAGUGGCAUCCUGGACGCCUCCUUGGAGCUCUUCAAGUUCACCAUUGGCAUGGGCGAGCUGGCCUUCCAGGACCAGCUGCGCUUCCGCGGGGUUGUGCUGCUGCUGCUGCUGGCCUAUGUGCUGCUCACCUACAUCCUGCUGCUCAACAUGCUCAUCGCCCUCAUGAGCGAGACUGUCAACAGCGUCGCCACUGACAGCUGGAGCAUCUGGAAGCUACAGAAAGCCAUCUCUGUCCUGGAGAUGGAAAAUGGCUACUGGUGGUGCAGGAGGAAGAAGCAGCGGGCAGGUCUGCUGCUGACAGUUGGCACUAGGCCAGAUGGUAGCCCCGAUGAGCGCUGGUGCUUCAGGGUGGAGGAAGUGAACUGGGCUGCCUGGGAGCAGACGCUGCCUACUGUUUGUGAGGAGCCAUCAGGGCCCCGUGUCCCUGGCACCUCGAAGAACCCUGCCCUGGCCUCCCAACCAGGGGAGGACAGUGCCUUGGAGGAAGACCAUCUGCCCCUCCAGCUCCUAGAGUCUCGCUGAUGAGCUGGAGGCAGAAGGAGGCCUGAAGGACAGAGUCAGGGAAUCUUUCCAGCCCCACCUGCUGGCUCUGGGGCUCUAUGGAACUUUGGUGGCAAAUAUAAAUAAAUAUUUUCUCAUGACUAACUCUCCUGGAAACAUUUGGGCAAAUUACUGGGUCCUUAGGCUGGUCAA